GAGGAGGGCGGGGAGUUGGCGGCUCCCGCUCAGCUGGGCUCUGCGCACCCACGCUUCACUGCUCCGCUCUCUGCCCCCCACCCGGGCAUGUGCCCCUCGCGGCCCUGGCCCCCCAGAGCCCACGCCGACCCCCGGAGCCUCCCCAGAGCCGCCUACGCAGAAUGGGCGUCCCCAACCCCACGCCGCUGAGUUCGCCGCUGUUGCUGCUGCUGCUGCUGCUGCUGCUAAUGCUUGGAGUCAGGUGCUACGCCCGCCAGGUGCAUGUCCCCAAGGGGCCUCUUUACCGUGUGGCCGGCACCUCUGUCUCUAUCUCCUGCAACGUGAGUGCCUAUGAGGGCCCUUCCCAACAAGACUUUGAGUGGUUCAUGUACAGACCGGAGGCCCCAGCUACUUCCCUGGGCAUCAUCAGCACCAAGGAUAGCCAGUUCUCCUAUGCCGUGUUUGGGCCUCGAGUGGCUUCUGGCGACCUGCAGGUGCAGCGCCUGAAGGGAGAUUCCGUAGUGCUCAAGAUCGCUCGUCUGCAGGCCCAGGACUCUGGCUUUUAUGAGUGCUACACCCCCUCUACGGAUACUCAGUACCUGGGCAACUACAGUGCCAAAGUGGAGCUGAGAGUUCUUCCAGAUGAGCUGCAGGUAUCUGCUGCCCCUCCAGGGCCCCGAGGCCGCCAGGCUGCAACCUCCCCCUCACGCCUGACAGUUCACGAGGGGCAGGAGCUGGCGCUGGGCUGCUUGGCUCAGACUAAAACCAAGAAGCACACACACCUGUCGGUGUCCUUCGGGAGAGCCGUUCCCGAGGCGCCGGUGGGGCGGGCCACUCUACAGGAAGUGGUGGGACUGCGCUCCGACAUGGCUGUGGAGGCUGGAGCCCCCUAUGCCGAGAGGCUGGCCGCUGGGGAGCUACGGCUGAGCAAAGAAGGGACCGAUCGCUACCGCAUGGUGGUUGGGGGUGCCCAGGCUGCCGACUCGGGCACCUACCACUGCACUGCCGCUGAAUGGAUCCAGGAUCCUGAUGGCUCCUGGGUCCAGAUCGCAGAGAAGAGGGCAGUCCUGGCCCAUGUGGAUGUGCAGACACUGUCUAGCCAGCUGGCGGUGACUGUGGGACCUGGUGAACACCGGAUUGGCCCAGGGGAACCCUUGGAACUGCUGUGCAAUGUGUCCGGGGCGCUGCCCCCACCAGGCCGCCAUGCGGCGUACUCAGUGGGCUGGGAGAUGGCUCCUGCAGGGGCUCCUGGGCCUGGCCGCCUGGUGGCCCAGCUGGACACAGAAGGUGUCGGCAGCCUGGGCCCUGGCUAUGAGGGCCGGCACAUUGCCAUGGAGAAAGUGGCAUCCAGAACCUACCGGCUCCGACUGGAGGCUGCCAGGCCCGGGGAUGCAGGCACCUACCGCUGCCUCGCCAAAGCCUAUGUUCGGGGGUCCGGGACCCGGCUUCGUGAAGCAGCCAGUGCCCGUUCCCGGCCGCUCCCUGUGCAUGUGAGGGAAGAAGGUGUGGUGCUGGAAGCCGUGGCAUGGCUCGCGGGGGGCACCGUGUACCGGGGAGAGACUGCCUCCCUGUUAUGCAACAUCUCUGUGCGUGGCGGUCCCCCGGGGCUGCGACUAGCCGCCAGCUGGUGGGUGGAGAGACCAGAGGAGGGCGAGUUAAGCUCUGGGCCUGCUCAGCUUGUGGGUGGAGUCGGUCAGGAUGGUGUGGCAGAGCUGGGAGUCCGGCCUGGAGGGGGUCCCGUCAGCGUGGAGCUGGUGGGACCCAGAAGUCAUCGGCUAAGACUGCACAGUCUGGGGCCUGACGAUGAAGGCAUAUACCACUGCGCCCCAAGCGCCUGGGUGCAGCAUGCUGAUUAUAGCUGGUACCAGGCGGGCAGUGCGCGCUCCGGGCCUGUCACAGUCUACCCCUACACGCAUGCUCUGGACACCCUGUUCGUGCCCCUGUUGGCGGGUACAGGAGUCGCCCUAGUCACUGGCGCCAGUGUCCUCGCUACAAUCACCUGCUGCUUUAUGAAGAGGCUGCGGAAGCGGUGAUCUGUGGCACCCCAGGUGAGGGAAAGGGACCCCCAAACCCCGUCUUCCUCAGGCUUCCCGUGAGCUCCCCCUGGACGAGAAACAGCCAGCUCAGUCCUGCAGGAUCGUGUAGCAGGGUGAGGGCGGAAAGGGAGCCUGUUCCUCAGCCUGCUCCACAUGCUCUCUCCAGUUCCUGCAGGUGUCAACUGUCUUCCAGCCAGCGACAGCCCUCCUCCCGUUGCCUGGAUACCCUCUCCCUCCUCCAUCCAGCCCCUCCUUUAAUUUAUUUGACCUGUCCCUACCUAGAGUGAGAGACAUGCCCCCCACCCCACAUCUUUCCUCAAGGUCUUCCUUCUGGUUCUCUGUUCUUGGUCUCACACUCGUGCUGUAGGAAGGCCAGUUCCUGUCCUCAGACUAGAUUUUUUUGUUUUUUGUUUUCUAAAAUGUGAAUAAACUGGUUUUAUAAAAUCCA